UUCGCGCAAACUCAAAGAACCGCGUUCGCGGAGCAACAGCACGGCGAGCUGCGAGAGACAGCCAACGCGACGCGGUGUGACGCCGUUUCUGUAGCGUCACACAGUCCAAAACUAGAGUGGAAUUGGUCCCUGGCUGCAUCGGUUUUCCUACGUUGGAUCUGCAUCCUAGAAACAUACCGUAUUAAAUCUUACUUCCAAAAAAAAUAAACAAAACUCUGAUAUAGGGCGGUCAGCCGAUUUUGGCACACUUAUUGCCAGAGCCUUUGACCGGCCGAAAUCGCCGAGCAGAUCAGACCUCCAUUAGCUCCUCGUUAUUUCUGUUAAGGGGAUAAUUACUGUCUCACCCACCUGCUGGAAUAUCCAGGGUCACAGAUUAAGCAGAGACCAUGGGGAAACAGAACAGCAAGCUGGCCCCUGAGGUGAUGGAGGAUCUGGUGAAGAACACGGAGUUCAACGAGCACGAGCUCAAGCAGUGGUACAAGGGCUUCCUGAAGGACUGCCCCACCGGCCGGCUCAACCUGGACGAGUUCCAGCAGCUCUAUGUCAAGUUUUUCCCGUACGGUGACGCGUCGAAGUUCGCCCAGCACGCAUUCAGGACCUUCGACAAGAACAGUGAUGGCACCAUCGACUUCCGGGAGUUCAUCUGCGCCCUGUCCAUCACCUCGCGGGGCAGCUUCGAGCAGAAGCUCAACUGGGCCUUCAACAUGUACGACCUGGACGGGGAUGGCAAGAUCACGCGGGUGGAAAUGCUGGAGAUCAUAGAGGCCAUCUACAAGAUGGUGGGCACCGUCAUCAUGAUGAAGAUGAACGAGGACGGGCUGACCCCAGAACAGCGGGUGGACCGGAUCUUCAGCAAGAUGGACAAGAACAACGACGACCAGAUCACCCUGGACGAGUUCAAAGAGGCGGCGAAGAGCGACCCGUCCAUCGUACUACUCCUGCAGUGCGACAUGCAGAAAUGAGCGAUCGCCACGGCGACCGGCCGCACGCCAGCCGUUUACCGUUCCAUUCAGUCUGCAGCUAACUCCACAGAAAACAUACUUACAAAAAAAAAUACAACAACAACAGUAAUGCUUGGGACUACCUUUCAAUGGACACGCUUCAUGUGUUUGAAACACUUGUAUGCAUGAGAAUGUCAUUUGCUAAAAAAAAAAAAAAAAAAUCAAAUAUACUUUAUAUAUGUACUGUAUAUAUAUAUAUGUAUGAAAAUAUAAAAUUAAAAAAAAAUCCUACCAAAAUGUGAAAAAAAGCGUGCGGUGUAUUCUCCGGAAACAAUCCCCAUCCCUCCAUAGCUCGUGCGUUAGUGCUGUGCUGGGUUUUUUCGAUUAUGUUGCUACGGUAAUUAUCGUCCCACGUUUUUUGCUGACGCUAGCUCCGAACCGACUAAAUGUUGCCGAAACCAAAUUUCCCAUGGUAGUGUGACCGUCUUCUCCGAUAGGGCCGUUACCGCAUUCUUCCGAGGCCUGGAUUGGCCGGGGGACCAUCCUCCCGCGGCCGCCAGAAUAUGCUUGUUCUGUGGAAUAGAAGUAUAGUUUACUUGCAUGCCCGUAGGUUCGGCCUUAAUAAAGAACCUCCCCUCCCAUUACACGCCAUUGAAGUCACAUCUAAACAAAGCCUUAUUGAAUCUUACAGUAUUGUUGUAUGGGAUGUAUAGUUGUGAUUCAUCGAUCCAUCACUCCAUUAUCAGUGGGAGCAUGCUUCCUUAUGAAUACUAGUAUAUCUAUGCUACUGAAGUCCUUGUUUAAAAUCUUGUGAGCCCAAUUGUAUAACUAGGACCUGGAGAGUGUGGCAUUUUCAGUGCAUUGUAAAUUAGUCAGUUCAAUUUGAGACCAGAAAAAAAAAACAUUGCACCUCUCAGAAAUAAUUGAGCACCCACCGAGUCAAAAAUAGCAACUAAUUUUCAAUAAAGCUUCACCAAUGAGACACAUUUAUUCACAAGACCAAUCCGAGUCCCUAAUUUUAGACAU